CCAUAGCCGCCAUCGCUGAAUAAAAGCGGCACGAUGUGGAACCUUGCAGCCUAUGCGCCGGUUUGGUUCGACCGCACUUACCUUCGUCGAUCGAGGAGUGCACGGAUCGAAUCCCUCCCGCCGCCGCCGCCGCUGCUUCCUGUCUUUCAAAAACUACGCGAUUAUGUGGCAAAUGACAAGGAUGAGGACUGGGUUAUCCCGUCGGGACCCCGGCCGCUCGUCGGGCCUUAUCAGCAGUGGUUGCUCAUCGUUUCCUGCUUCGGUCUGUCGCUGUCCGCCAGCACCGUCUACAUGUUGUGGAAGCUGUCGCUGUUCUGGCGGCUAUGGAGCACGGCGUCCACCUUCUCCCUCUUUUUUUUGCUGGUCGAGUGGCACUUGUACCUGUCCAUGUUCUGUCGGGCGAUCGAGUUCUCGAGCCCGCCCACGUGUCGGAAGCAGCUGAGGUUGCCCCCUUCGGGACCCUUUCCACGUGUGGCGAUCCUGAUCACCAGCUGCAACGAGGAAUUCGACGUGUUGCAGGACACCGUGCUGGCGGCGCUGGCGCAGAAGUACCCCCACGAAGCGUACACCGUGUGGGUGCUGGACGAUGGCGGCGACGACGAGCUGCGUGACUGGGUGGAGGCGCUUGCGCAGGAGUCGGGGCGGCGUCUGCGGUACCUCCGCCGGCCCAAGCCGAAGGGAGUGCCGCAUCACUUCAAGGCGGGCAACCUGAACCACGCCCUGGCCCGGAUCACGGACGAGUUCAUCGCCGUCCUGGACGCCGACAUGAUCACCUCCCCCGCCUUCCUCUCCAGCGUCCUGCCCCACUUCGCCUCCCCGAAGGUCGCCUUUGUCCAGACUCCGCAGGCGUUCUACAACACCCGGCGCGGGGAUCCGCUGAACGGGAGCCUGCACUACCUCUUCGACAUCGUGCUCCCCUGUCGCGAUGCGGGCGGCAGCGCGCAGUGCKUCGGGACGGGRGUCGUCUUCCGCCGCAGCUGCYUGAGCGACGUCGGAUUCUUCCAGACGGGCGCCCUGACGGAGGACAUCGGAACAUCCCUGCAGCUGCACUCCCGCGGCUGGGACUCCGUCUUCCUCAAGGAGCGCUUCCAAAUGGGGCUGAACCCCUGGACGCUGGACAAGUACAUCAAUCAGCAGCAGAGGUUGUGCUUGGGACAGCUACAGGUCAUCUGGCAGCGCGGGCUCAUCUGGAUCAAGGGCCAGGACCUCCCCCUCUACCGCAGCCACCGAGAACGACUACCGCGUGCUCAUGGUGCUGAUGACCCCCCACCUCCUCUUCGGCAAGCUUACCGGCCAGGCCACCCAUCUCCGCCUCCCGGGUUUCCUAUUUAGGCAACAAGUGCGCAUCCGCGGAGAGCAGUGGUGGUGGUGGAUAGCUCCCUACAAGUGCAUGGCCGUGCUCCGCUGGCUUGCGCC